AUGUCAAACGGUGGCACCCCCAAUUCCGGCACCAGCGGCAGCCCCGUACACGGCGCCCCCACCAGCACUCACCGUCGCCGUGUCCCUGACUCAACUAACGACGUGGAGAAAUCAUUAGACCAUGUACAGAUUUCUUGCGAUAAUUCUCCAGAAGAUGAUGAUUCAGAAACAUCGAAGGACGAUAAUGUCAGUGGGUAUCAAUAUAACAGUGGUGGCAGCUACCAUCACCACCACCCGAUGAUCCGAUAUUUUUUAAUGCGUAAACGGGUGCCGGAGAAUUGGGUUUUGGGCAUAGAGGAAUCUAUAUUAAGUGCUUAUUCGAUCUUGCACUCUUUGAGACCAAGAAAAAAUAUGGUUCGGGUAAUUUUGGGGCUACUGUUGAUGCUUGUGGUGGUUUCGACAUUACUGAAGUUUGCUUUUACCGCUGGCAUCGGUGGUUAUCGGGAGGUUAAUGGGAUUUUGAUUGUUCAGAAUUUUAACAAUGAUUGGUCUAAUGCUCAGAGAGUUAUGUUUGAUUUGGACACAUCUUCCGGCAGCGACGUUAUGCAGAAACGGAAAAUGAAGGAAAUUCCGGUCCCAGACAUAUGGAUGAAACCAAAUAGUGAUGACUAUUACCAAUGCAUUUCUCGACCUAGGAAUCACAUAAGAACAGGGUCAGUGACAAAUGGUUAUAUUAUAGUUCACGCUAAUGGAGGGUUGAACCAAAUGAGAACAGGAAUAUGCGAUAUGGCUGCCAUAGCGAAAAUUAUGAACGCCACUCUUGUGCUUCCUUCACUUGAUCACGAGUCCUUUUGGACAGAUCCUAGCGAUUUUAAAGAUAUAUUUGACUGGAGGCACUUCAUUGAAAUUUUAAAAGACGAUAUUGAGGUAGUUGAAUCCUUGCCACCACAAUAUUCUGCAUUAAAUCCCCUGGUCAAGGCACCGGUCUCUUGGUCGAAGGCUAGUUACUAUAGAGGCGAAAUCCUUCCUUUGCUGAAGAAGCAUAAGGUGAUCGUGUUUACACAUACCGAUUCACGACUUGCUAAUAAUGGGCUUGCGUCAUCUAUUCAGAAGCUCAGGUGUCGUACAAAUUAUGUGGCUCUCCGGUUUACACCAGAGAUUGAGGAGCUCGGAAAGAAAUUGGUGGAUAGGCUUAGGAGUGAUGGUGAACCAUAUAUUGCUCUACAUUUAAGAUACGAGAAAGACAUGCUUGCAUUCACUGGCUGCAGCCACAAUUUAACCGCAGAAGAGGCCGAAGAACUACAGGUCAUGAGGUUUGAAACCAAGCAUUGGAAAGAGAAAGAGAUCGACAGCAAAGAAAGGAGAUUACAGGGAGGCUGCCCAAUGUCUCCUCGGGAGGCUGCGCUACUUCUCAAGGCCAUGGGAUAUCCCUCCUCAACUAGAAUAUACAUAGUUGCUGGGGAAAUUUAUGGUAACAAUAGUAUGGAUGCCUUCCGAUUGGAGUACCCAAAUGUUUUCUCUCAUUCGAACCUUGCGACCGAAGAAGAGAUAGAGCCAUUCAGUCUUUAUCAGAACCGCCUUGCGGCCUUAGAUCACAUUGUAGCCGUAGAAAGUGAUGUCUUUGUUUACACAUACGACGGCAAUAUGGCAAAGGCUGUGCAGGGGCAUAGGAGGUUUGAAGGAUUUAGAAAGACAAUAAAUCCUGACAGGCUCAAUUUUGUACAACUGAUAGAUUUGUUUGAUGAGGGAGCAAUCUCUUGGGAGGACUUCGCUUCAGAAGUCAAGAGCUUACACUCGAACAGACUUGGAGCACCAUACCUUCGACAAGCAGGCGAAUCACCAAGACUCGAAGAGAACUUUUACGCAAACCCUUUUCCUGGAUGUGUUUGUGAUAAAUCGGAGCAGCAAAGAAGGCGUCAGCACCUCACUCAUAUACCUAAUUUGAGAGUUGCUUCACAAAGAUAA